AUGGGUUGCUGCAUUUCUCAUGAUAAUGACCAGAAGGUCAACACAAUUGAAGUAGUCCUGGAUGAGAAUGGUGUCGCUCGUAGAGUAGCUGCUGGCCAAGGCACACAUUUGAUCAGAAUAUACCCUGACAAGGAGACCAAGAUGGAAAGAAAGCCUCCAAUAAAGCCAUCUGAAAUGUCACAUCUUUCACGUCCACAGGCAGUAUAUUAUCCCAAGAAAAAUCCAAUGUCAUGCUUCCCAACCAGCACGAAUCGACAAAAGAUUCAUCCAAAUAACGGUAUCAUUGCCAAGGAAGAGCAACUAAAUUCUGAUGAAAAGGCUUGA